AUGCAGACAAAUUCUGAGGAGUACGGGCCAAGAGAUCUGGUGGGAUAUGGCUUCAACCCUCCCAAUCCCGAAUGGCCAGGUGGCGCCAAGAUUGCUAUUAGUCUGGUAAAAGGCAGUGAGCAUACCUUAGUGAAUGGCGAUGAAGUGUCAGAGACCUUGGCUAGUGAGCUCGGGCCAGGGGUCACACCGCACGUCAAUCAGCGAGAUGUCAAUAUGGAGUCCCUUUACGAGUACGGCUCUCGAGCUGGUGUAUGGCGGAUUCUGCGAUUAUUUCAAGAGAAAUCCGUCACUUGUACCGCCUACGCCGUAGGUCAGGCUUUAGAGAUGAAUCCGGAAGUGGGGCAGGUAUUGAAGGAGCAUGGUCACGAGUUUGCAUCCCAUGGCUGGAGAUGGAUUGAUCGAUCCAAGUGGACUGUUGAGGAAGAGGAGGAGAAUGUGAGGAAGACGAUCAGAGCGAUUGGAAAAGCCUCGGGUGCGCCUCCUAAAGGAUGGUAUUAUGGUAUGGUUGGAUCUAAAGCCAGUCCUAGAUCUCGAGCUCUAGUAGCUAAAGUCUUCAGAGAAGAAGGGAUCCCUUUGGAGUAUUGGUGUGAUGACUAUAGCGACGAUUUGCCUUACUGGAUUCCCAUGCCAGGAGGUCAAAAGGAGGAGGGGCUUCUGGUGAUUCCAUAUACUCUCGACACGAAUGACUACAAAAACGCUACAUAUCAACCAUUCACUACAUCUGACGAUUUCUACACCUACUUGAAGGACGCGUUUGAUGAACUGUACAGAGAAGGAACAAAGGGCUCUCCCAAGAUGCUUUCCAUAGGUUUACACUGUCGUAUCGUUGGUAGACCAGCCAGGAUAGCGGGGUUGCGAAAGUUUAUAGAGUAUGCGCAGUCUAAGCAGGGGGUAUGGUUCGCAAGGAGGGAUGAGAUCGCUCGGCACUGGAAGGGCAAGUUUCCAUACGAUCCGAAGUGA